UUCGGGUCAGCGUCGCUCGCGCGCUGAGGCACUAGGCCCGCGUCGCUCCGGGCGCGGGUCGAGUGCCGGCGGCGCGGGGCCGCUCGCGCGCGGCGUCGACUGUGGCGUCACGAUCAUUGUGUCGUGACGGUGACGCCCGGAGUUGUAUCCAUUGCAGCUCGUUCGGCCGCUGUAGCCCGGAGCUGGCUCUGCGGCUACCUAGCAGGUCGCCGCGAGCGCCCGACAUUUCUCUUCCUGGAUCCUUCGCCAACAGCGACCCUGAGCCAACAGCAGGAACCACCGGCAAUGGCGGCCUCGACGGCGUCGCACCGGCCCAUCAAGGGGAUCCUGAAGAACAAGACCGCUGCGACUUCCUCGGUGGUGGCCUCGGCCGAAGAACCCCGCCGGAGCGUGGACGAGGAGCUGAGUAAAAAAUCCCAGAAGUGGGAUGAAAUGAACAUCCUGGCAACCUAUCAUCCAGCUGACAAAGACUAUGGUUUGAUGAAAAUAGAUGAACCAAGCACUCCUUUCCAUAGUAUGAUAGGUGAUGAUGAAGACGCAGUUAGUGAUUCUGAAGCCACUGAGCCCCUAACUCCAGAUGUCUUAGCUAAGAAAUUGGCUGCUGCUGAAGGCUCAGAGCUGAAGUAUCAGAUUCGGGAACAAGAAAGCAGUGGAGAAGAGGAUAAUGAUCUCUCACCAGAAGAGCGAGAAAAAAAGCGACAAUUUGAAAUGAAAAGGAAGCUUCACUACAAUGAAGGACUGAAUAUUAAGUUAGCUAGACAAUUAAUUUCAAAAGACUUACAUGAUGAGGAGGAAGACGAAGAAAUGUCAGCAACUGCAGAUGGCGAAAAAAUGAAUAUUGAAGAAUCAAAGCAAGGAUCUACUACAGGUGAUCAACGGCAAAACAAAUCACAAAAUUCAUAGAAGAGCUUUGUUCAAUGCUGCACUUGUCAAAUACAAAUCCUGUUACUAUGAUACAACUGCUUCUUGUUUUCCACAAUUCAUGACUUAAGUACCAAAAUACAUCCCAGUUUAUUAUAGAUUGCCAAGAAUUAAAUGAUGACCUUAGAGACUGGUUAGACUGAAAAUGUCUAAUGAAUGCAUAUAUUCUUGUGCCUCACACUUCACCACAAAUACAGUAUAACCUAAUAGUCCAAAACCGCUUUACUUUUGUAAGAACACUGGUUAAUUUGUAUAUUAUAUAGCUUUUUAUGCAUUAAAAGUUAAUGUCUUUUUUGGGGGGAGGAAACUAACUUAUUUUCAUCACUUGUAGAUGUGGUUACUUAUAAAUAGGUGGUUGGGCUUUUGUUUUUUACCAAAAGCCAGUUGGAACAAUAGGACAUAUAGAUUGAUGAAUACUCAGGCUGAAAAGUAUUUUUCACAGUUGUUUUCAGUGUGAUUUGUCUGACUGAGGAUUACAAGAGUUACUGUUAUAUUUUCCAGUCACUACCUUCAAAAUACCUGUUAAGGUUUUUUUGUGCUUACAAGGAAGGACUGAUGUUUUUCUCAUCAAAACUAGAUUGUUUUUGUUUUUUAAAUGUCGGGUUAAACUUGCACUAGUGUCUGCUCUGCUUGUUUUGGUACAACGGGCAGACUUCAGAUCAGUUUCUUCAGGAAACACAGCUCUAGCGUAGCCCUGUCAGCGUGCCCACUCCCUUCUACACAUACAAGGGUCACACAAGAUUGUCACGAUGUUGGGAGCUGUCUUUUCUCUCACACACUCUUGUCAUUUGCUGCAGUAAUGAAUUUCUCCUUGCUUAACCAUGCCUAAUCUACUUGUGAAGAAAGUAGUUGAGCAGUACUAUAAACAGGAUAUAUAAAAGUGCUCAAUUCUGUGCCUCCCUGGCUUACAUCUGGAUAAUUAAAUUGCUAUUCGCUCAUUUGACUUAAUUAGAUCUUAGAAAACAGUUAAGGAUUUUUUGCAUGAUGAGAGAAUUGUAUGUAACCAGUGAUACAAUUGUUGCUGAAUGUACAGAUAGAAUUAAGUCUGAACAUUUUUUAAUUUAAAAAAGUUUAAUAGUCCCUGCUUUAGAGGAAUAUGAUAAUGUGUCUUUUGACAAAUGUCCUUUAUUCUUCUAACAGGAUAAUUUGGAUUAUUUUUUCCCCUGAAAUGAAGAGUCCUGUAUAUUUUAGUUCCGUGAUGUUUUCAUUUCUAGUCAGUUAUUUGUAUCAAGUUUUUGUUAGUACCAAGAAUCCAUUAUCCGAACAGACUUUUAAAAUAAUUUCUGUAUAUUAUAUAUAUAUGAAAUGGCUUUUAUUGAAGAACUGAUCUUCCACUUGCAAGUUUAUUGGAAAUACCAGUAUGUUGAAAUAAAAAGUUGGAGAAUUAUUUGCUGUUAGAAGAAUAUAUUAUUUUGAAUACUUUUUCUUAAAGUAAUCAAAGUACCUCUGAACUGUAGGUAUAGUAUAACAUCUGUCUUCUGAAUUACGGCAAUUUGGGGGGGUUGUGGAAUUUUAAACUACAUAGGUAUUCACAGAAAGUACUCACAUGUUUUCUGUUUGUUUGCAUUGUAUUGGGGAUUGAGUCCAAGGCCUUGUGUAUGCUAGGCAAGCACUGAGCUACCCCUCCCUCUCUCUCUCCUUCUCUUUCCUCUCCUCUCUCUCUGUCCCUUUCCCUCUUCUUCCUUCUCUUUUCUUCUGUUCUCUUCUCUUUUCUCCCUCCUUCCUCCUCCCUCCCUCACUCUCCCCUCUCCUCUCCUCUCCUCUCCUCUCCUCUCCUCUCCUCUCCUCUCCUCUCCUCUCCUCCGUCUCUCUCAUUUUGAGGCACUAUCUCACUGUUUCCCAGGCAGGCCUCAAAACUCCUGUGGUCCUUCCUCCUGCCCCAGCUUCCACAUGCUCUAUUUGUUGAAGCCAUUGCUGUGCAGUGCAGGAAAAGAUAAGACGCAAAUAACUGAUUCUUUUGGUGAUUUCUGUAAAGUAUUUCUUGAAACUUUUUAAAAAUUGUUUUUUUAUUUCUUAAAGCAAAUCAUUUCUGGUUUCAGAAGUAGGUAAUUAUCUCACAGGUGUAAGACUUGCCAAACAGCACGCUUGGUGAGAUUUUGGGUAGUCAGGUGCAGCUGAAUAAGAAUGUUUCAGCGAGUCUUGGAGUAGCCAGAAUAAUAAAGCAUUGUGGCCUGGAACUGUAGCCCAGACACACACACUUGAUAGUGUGCACUAGAUUCUGUCAGCCCCCACACCACAAAAGGAGAAAGGAGCAGCAGAAGCAACUGCCUCUGCUUUAUGAUAUAAGGUAGGUGUUUCCUUUGGAGAAAGUUGUCUGUGAACGUUUGGUUCUUUUCAAGGUAGAUUUUACUUCCAGUCAUGUAUUCAUUAUUAUUUCCUGUACUUAAAGUUCAACAGGGAUGGCCUUGAAGAUCUGACACAUGAUAGUGUAAGUGGAUUGUUAAAAUAACUUUUGAAGUUUAGAGCUAACUGCCGUUUCCCCCUAAACUUUACAUUUACGUUAAUGUAUGCUGCACAUACUGCAGUGAAAUAAGUAUGGCACUGGCCUGUGUGUGGGCCUUAGUUCCUUGUGAGUCAGCUGUGUCAGGAUCGUAUUCUACUGACCAAGUGUUGACACCAGGAUGGAUCUUGGCUUAUAUUGUAGCUGAGUAGUUUCCUUGGUUAUAGUAAAAAUUAUAACAAAAGCUGGCAUUUUUUUGGAGACUAUUUUCACCUGUCUGUGUCCCUUAUAUCUAAUCCUCGAAACAACCAUACAAAUCAGACAUCCUUCUCUGUACUCUAGAAAUAAGGAAAAUGCUCCUUACCAGGUUAUUUGGGCUGUGUCUCAUACCUGCUACGUGACAGAAUUCAAAUCCAGAUCCAACUAAAUUCUAUGGUCUUUUUCAAUGCUUUUUUAGAUGAAAAUUCAUUUUAUAAAGUGCACCUUAUAAAUAAACCUCAUUUGGAUUCUUGUAUAUAUUGUAUGCUUUAGGAGAACUAUUUUUCAAGUAGUUAUUCGGAAAUAUUGAAAAUUUUGUUUAAGGUUUGUAUUGCAUGUAGGAAAGUCAGAUGCACAAGUGCUCCGUGGCUGGAGAUUUGAGUGCAUGAUCUGGUUGUAUUCCACAAGUUUGUUUCUAAGCAGACUGUUUCAAGCUUAAAACAUAAUUAUUUCAGAAUGUGAAUGUAUUACAAAGUCAAGUACCAAGUUGGUCUAUAAAAAUCAGCAUGUGCCUAAA